GAUGCUUUUUUACCAAGUGAAGCUGGUUUACUCAUCUUGGAAACCAUUGGUUUGCAGUUUGACAUCCCUGUUGUCAUAAUGUCUUGGAAUGGAGAAACAAGCACAUUAAUGAAGUUCAUAGCAUAUGGAGCUUGUGAUUAUCUUGUGAAGCCAGUGACACUAAAGGAAUUAAAGAACAUAUGGACACAUGUAUUCAGAAAACAAAUUGGUGAUCAAAUGAAGUAUUUACUUAGAUCAGAAUCAAACACAACAACAACAAUGUGCUCGAACCGGUUGAAGAAAAGAAGUUGUGACUUCUCUUCUUCGUCUAUUCCAAAUGACAAUUACAAUAAUGAUGAGCUUGUGACCGAUGUUCGCAAUCUCAAGAAAUCAAGACUUCACUGGACAAGGCAACUCCAUAAGCAAUUUGUCGCGGCAGUAAGCACGAUAGGACUUAAUAAGGCUGUGCCGAAGAAAAUCAUGAAGAUUAUGAAUGUCGAACAACUCACUAGAGAACAAGUUGCCAGUCACUUGCAGAAGUACAAGAUAUACAUGAAGAGGUUACAGAAUUCAAUGCAUGGAGAUGGAGUGGAAUCAUCUUCAAGCCAUGAAACAUCUUUGCAUCAUGAAUUGAAAAACAAAGAGAAGUUUAGAUCCUCUGAAAACAGCACUGCAGUACUUGAAGAUCAAAGUCCUUUUCUAAGUGAAGUUAUCAAUGAGCUCCAUGCUUUUGAGCCAUCACAUUAUCACUAA